AUGGUAAUUCCAGAGAUAAACAUGUGCAACUUCGAAGCAGGAAUGAAAUGCCUGCAAAAUCCAUCAACAAUCUCCCGUUUAUUUUCAAUUCCAACCUUGUGGAAAUAUGGCGCUUUAAUUUUGGCAAUUUUUGCUACUUUCAACAGCAUAAUUAAAAGAAUUAAGCUCAAUUUCAUUCGUUUCCACACUGUAAAACCGUGUUCUAGUCAAACCGAAGACGUAUUCGAGUUCAGCGACGAAGACGACGACGUAUCGCUAGCGUCUUCGGAUGAUGAACAGGAAGAGGAAGAAGUGAAAAGUCGAGAUCAACACCGCGUUGAUGGAGAUUUUGGCGUGAGAGGUUCAAUCCUCAGCUUCAAGAGCCAGCGGCGGAGCAGCGGCGGCGUGUGGCCGGAAUUCGCCUGUGGUAAAAAUGUUGUUAAGCUUUGGGAUAGCUUAGGGUUUAGCCUAGAAAUUGAUGAUUAUCUAUUCAAUUUCGAUCCGAAUAGCAUUGUUUCUACGUGGAAUCGCCACCAGGAAGAGAAAUCUAGCGAGAUUCGCGGCGAUAUCUGGCCGGUGCCGGCGUUAUUGCUGAUGGCGGAGAGCAACGGGAAGGGAGACGGCGUGAUUUUAGGUGGUUACGACUGGAGGAUGAGGAGCAGAGUCGCGGCGCUGGUCGCGGAGUGGAAGCUUCCGGUGGAGAAUGACGUCAGCGGGGUGGUAACGGUUGGUGAUGUGAGGAACGUUAGGAGGCCGUUAGGGAGUGCGGGAAAGUCAAAAGGCGAUACGUGGUGGGAAGCUGACGCCGUUAUAGCGUCUAGGUAA